AUGCAGCACGGCCGCCUCUUGUUUUGCUCCGUCAUGGACGCCGACAAGCAGAGCUAUGGGCAGUUCUUCCAGGGCACGGGCCGCAGCUUCCCUACUGCCCACGGGCAUGUCGUCGAGGCUUCUGUUGCCUCUCACUGCGUUGCUUCCGUGCAGGCGCUUGGCUUGACGACGGGGGUUUUCGACCUUGACGUCAGGUUCUCCCCGCAGUGUGGCGUGCGGAUCUUGGAGGUCAAUGCGCGCAUGGGCGGUGGCUCUGUCCAGAGGAUGCACCAGCAUGUUUACGGCAUGGAUUUGGUGGAGCUUCACUUGCAGACGUGCAUGGGCAUCUCCGUGGGGCAUGUAGCCCACAUGCAUCCCUUGGAGCCCUCGAUGUGCUACGAGGCGGGCUGGGUGGAAUCCCCGUAUUCUGGAAAGGUCUCUGGCAUUGGCAUCGAUGCCUUCGCAGAGAGAUUGCGAUCCAUGUUCAGGGAGCAUCCGCACGUGUUGGAGUUCGUCCCCCUCUGUGACGACGGCGAUGCCAUCAACGGCUACAAGGUGCCGGGCUUGCCGUCUUCGUUGAUUAUGGUAUUCGCAAAGGGCGCCGAGAAGAGUUUCGCCCGGAAGCACCUCGCCGGGGCGCUCUGUGCAGCGGAGGAGCGCAUCGCGGAUCUUGUUGAGCCAGAUGCUCCGCUUGCCCCCAAGGUGACGAGCAGCGUCGAUGCCGUGGUCACGGCGGCAGUCGGCACCGCUAUGAUUUGCGCGGCCGCCGCUUUGACGCAUCCGUUGUUGUUCGAGCAGGUGAUGUCUCCAAAGCGGCGCAACGCUCCGGCCGAUUGCGCGUCGAUCCAGCCAUUUGAGGCGCUCGAGGCUUCUGCGGAGCUUAUGCCCUCGCCUGUGCCCUCGCCCGCUUACCCAGCAUUGGCGGUCGUCAGGUAG